ACAGCCUGCAGGAUGAUUUGCAGGCUGAUGAAGUACAUCCGGACGCUGCGGACAUCUUGUCGGUCACAAGUGAAGACAGUCACGCCAAAGAAGACGGGCAGCAAGACGAUCCGCCGCAAAGCGUCACGCAGCCACUUGUGACGGAAAUGGCCGCAGAGGGGGAGGAAGUGUCCGUGAACUUUGAGAGUUUUCUCCACAACAACGGGACGCUCUACAGCUGCUUCAACCAUGACGGGAACAGAGUCUACGUGGACGAGGCGCAGAACCUGCAGCCUUUUCCCAACGACUGGUACAAUCUGGGACGCUUCAUCCCUGCCAACCAUGAGGUUGCCACCCAGCCGCCGCCGCCCUCCAACAGCCAUCCGGCGGUUGCCGAGGACGACAGAACAGGAAGUCUCUUCAUCCAAGGGAAAGGAAGCGUCAUGACGUACAUGUUUGAGGAGAAGAUGAACGUGUGCAGGUUCUGGGAUCCUCAGUCGGGCGUCUGGCUUCUCGUGCCGCUCCAGUGGGAGAUGAACGUGGAGUUUGUCCAGAACAGAAUCCAAACAGUAAUGUCCACCCUGCCAGGCCUGGUGGACCAGAAGGAGAUCACGGCAGCACUGCGUCAGUGUAACUACGAUGCAGAGGAGGUGGUGUCCGUCUACCUCACCAUGUUCGGAGAGAUCCUCCUGCAGCCUUCAGCUGGGGGAGACCACGGCUACAGCGACCUCAACUCCUUCAGAGCUCUUCUGGAGAGGGAUCGGGUUAUCGAGGACCUGAAGCAGCAGCUCCAGGCCAAAGACAAGGAGAUGGACAAUCUCUUCCAGAGGAAUACCUACCUGAAGAGAGAAGCCCGCUACCUGAGUGAUGUGGUCCAGCACCUCAACCACAAGGUGGCUGAGCUGGAAGCCGACCAGCAGGAAGCGCGGCAGAAGAUCAGGUCCCUCCAGAGCCGCCGCUUGCCCGCGGUUCCGCCCGCUAAAACCAUCAGCAAACAUGUGGUGGAUCCUGAGCGACUGCGGCAGGUGAGCCGACUGACCCGAGAGCUAAACGUUUCCAACAAGCAGCUGGGCUCCACAGUCCGCCUGGCGCUGAGCGACAUGAAGAACCACGUCCAGCAGCUGAAGGACGUUCUGAGCAAGUUGGCUCAGGUGGACCAGGAGGCAGCCGGUGAGGUGGAGGAGCUGCGUUCUCUCUACAGGAGGGAGGUGGUGGAGAGGCGGAGCCUGUACAACAAGCUGCUGGAGCUGCAAGGAAACGUUCGAGUGUUUUGCCGCUGCAGGAAAGGCUCCGCGUCAACGUCGUGUCUGGACAAGACCGACGAGCAGGAAGUGGUGGUGGUCCAGAAGUCCAACAAGAAGAAGUUCCAAUUUGAUAAGGUCUACGCUACCAGCAGCACUCAGGAGGAAGUGUUUGCAGGAACUGUGCCACUCAUAACUUCCUGCGCAGACGGAUACAACGUGUGCAUCCUGGCGUAUGGACAGACAGGCUCGGGCAAGACCUUCACCAUGAUGGGCACCAAGCAGAACCCUGGAGUCAACAUCAGGUCCAUACGGGAACUUCUACGUGUCUGUGCAGAGAAAGAAAAGGUGUCUUACGUUCUGAAGAUUUCCAUGCUGGAGAUUUACAACGACGCUCUCAACGACCUGCUGGCCAAAAGCCCUGGCGCUGCCUUGGAAAUCCGAGUCCAGGGGAAGUCGGUGUCCGUCCCAGGACUGACCCAGGUGCAGGUGCGGACCGAGGCCGACAUCCUUAGCGUCAUGGAGACCGGAGUGAAAAACAGAAAGAUGGCCUCCACCAAGAUGAACAUACACAGCUCCCGCUCUCACCUGCUGGUGGCGCUGGAGGUGGUGGGCUCGGAUGAGGUGUCGGGGUUGACCACUCGAGGGACGUUGACUUUGGGUGACCUGGCCGGAUCCGAGCGCAUUUCCAGAACGGAGGCGGAGGGUCAGAGGCUGGUGGAGGCGGCCGCCAUCAACAAGUCGCUGACAGCACUGGGACAGGUGUUUGCCGCCCUUAAGUGUAACGCGCUUCACGUGCCCUUCAGGAACUGCAAACUGACCCACCUGCUGCAGCCCAGCCUGAGCGGAGACGCUAAGUGCUGCGUGUUUGUCAACGUGAGUCCGGACGCGAAGGACGUGGUGGAGACGCUGAGCACGCUCCACUUUGGCGCCGCCAUCCGUACCGUCUCCUUGGGUAAAGCUACCCAGAACGUGGUGCCGACUAAAGGCAGCAAAACGGCAAAACCGGCAACGCAGUAGAAGUUUUUGUGUUCUUGGGGCGGUAUAGCUUGGUUGGUAGAGUGGCCGUGCCAGCAACUUGAGGGUUCCGGGUUCGAUCCCCGCUUCCGCCAUCCUUGUCACUGCCAUUGUGUCCUGUGGCAAGACACUUUACCCACCUGCUCCCAGUGCCACCCACACUGGUUUAAAUGUAACUUAGAUAUUGGGUUUCACUAUGUAAAAGUGCUUCGAGUCACUACAGAAAAGCGCCAUAAAAAUAUAAUUCACUUCACUUCUUCCGCAAACUUCUUCUUCUUGUCAGUGAUGUGUUCUUGUUGUGUUUUCUAACGACAUCACGGACGUGAAUUAGAAAAUCAAACUAAACACGGAAGCAAAUCAUGAACGUAACACCAUAAAAGUAACUCCAGAUUAUAGAUGAAAGCAUACAGAUAGAUGUACAUAUAUACUGUACUGCAGGGGUGUACAAUAUUUUUCCACACUGAAAAAUUAAAGCAUGCGGGGGCUAUUUUGAUAUUCUUCAUUUUAAAACCAAAUAUAAAAUUUUGUGUAACCCUCAAUUUUGUUGAAUGUUGAAGCUCCUGGGGACCCAAAAAGGCCC